AUGGCAGAGAAACGCAGCGCCGUAGGACGCUGGUCGGACCGGCUGGCCGUCGAAGCCGAGCCAGGGCUCACCACAGCCCAGUUGAUGUUGACGAACCACGACCUGAAGCCCGUGGAGCCUGAGCGUCGAACAUGGGGUGCUUGGAACUUUGUCGGCUUUUGGAUUGCUGACUCGUUCAACAUCAACACCUGGAUGAUUUCGUCGUCCAUGAUGGUGAACGGUCUGUCAUGGUGGCAGUCGUGGCUGUGUGUUUGGAUCGGUUAUGCCAUCUCGGGCUGCUUCAUCUGCAUGACCGGUCGCAUCGGUGCUACUUAUCACAUUGGUUUCCCCGUCGCCAGCAGAUCUUCUUUUGGUAUCUGGGGUAGCUUGUGGCCUGUGCUUAACAGAGCUGCGAUGGCUUGCAUUUGGUAUGGUGUUCAGGCCUAUAUUGGAGGUCACUGCGUUUACCUCAUGAUCCGGUCCAUCUGGAAGGCCUGGGACCGCGACACGAUUCCCAACACCUUCUCUACCACAUCUGGCACGACGACAGCCGACUUUGUCUCUUUCUUCAUUUUCUGGCUGUGCUCAUUGCCCGCCAUUUGGUUCCCUGUUCACAAGAUUCGCCAUCUGUUCACCGUCAAGGCCUACUUCGUUCCGUCGGCCGCCAUUGCCUUUAUGAUCUGGGCCAUUGUCCGUGCCGGCGACAUUGGCCCCAUCAUUCGUCAGCCAUCCUCCCUGAAGGGCAGCGAGCUUGCCUGGGAGUUCGUCAAGGGCAUCAUGAGCUCCAUCGCCAACUUCGCCACUCUCGUCGUCAACGACCCCGACUUUACUCGUUUCGCCAAAAAGCCCAAGGAUGCGCUCUGGUCCCAGCUCCUCACGAUUCCUACGAGCUUCGCCAUCACUUCGCUCAUCGGCAUUCUUGUCUCAUCCUGUUCGUUUUCGAUAUAUGGCGAAGCGGUCUGGGAUCCGCUCGACCUGCUGGAGAAAUUUCUGGAUGAAGGCAACUCGGCCGAGCGCUUCGGCGUCUUCGUUAUCUCCUUUGCCUUCUCCCUCGCCCAGCUCGGUACCAAUAUUGCCGCCAAUUCGGUUUCCGCUGGCGCAGAUCUGACUGCUUUGUUGCCUCGCUAUAUCAACAUUCGCCGAGGAGGUUACAUUUGCGCGGCCGUCGGUCUGGCUAUGAACCCUUGGACCCUCCUUACCGACAACAACCAGUUCACCACCUACCUCUCAGCCUAUAGCGUCUUCCUCUCCUCGAUCGCCGGUGUUAUGAUUUUCGACUACUACGUUGUCCGCCGCGGUUAUCUCGAAGUCAAGGAACUCUACGACGGACGCAAGACCGGACCCUACUACUACACCUGGGUAUCCACUGGCGCGCCUACGCCGCCUACAUUGCCGGUAUUUUGA